AUGACUUUUAAUGGCAGUCUGUUGUUGGAAUUCUCAGAGAUUCAUCAACUUUCUAUUGAAAGAAAUGAACUGGUAUUCUUAAAUGCAAGUGGUUUACACUCAGUUAAUAAACUGAUUCUAUCUGCGAAUAACAUGUUUGAAAUUCCAAAUUUCUGUGCGGAUGAAUCAGAACGGUCGUUAGUACCCAAGUUAUCUCGCCUUGAUAUGACAGAUAACGCAAUUCGGAAACUACGCCCAUCGUCUUUUAGGUGUCUUCAUAAUCUUAAAAAACUUACACUGGAUAAAAACCGUCUAAUGGUUUUAGAAAAUAGAAUUGUUUCCAGUCUUACAAACUUAGAAUCACUUUCGAUUAGUUGGAUACCUCAUCUGUCAGUAAUUAAACCAGGAGCGUUUAACUGUUCUUCUCUGAAAGUAUUAAAAUUUGUUCACAAUGGAUUCCGUUUUGAUAAGGAGAAAAAUAAUAAGGGAAAACAUUUAUAUAACUCUAGCGAACUGUUCAAUAACACACAAAGUCUGAUUGAAGUAGAUUUGACAAAUAAUUAUAUGCCGAAAGAUCCUGCAAUAUUUCGUCAAAUAUUUUAUCCACUAUCAAAUUUAACUGUACUGAAUUUACAGGCAUCAUAUAUAGCGUCGUUUCCUGAUGGAUUACUUCAAGAGAUGCCAUUUUUAACAUUCCUCAAUCUAAAAGGCAAUAGAAUUACAACAUGGAAUCAAAGUGUGUUCGAAAAUCUUAAGUCUUUAAGAUAUCUAUAUUUGGAUGGAAAUUACAUUCGAGUUAUUAAUGAAUCAUCAUUUCCGAUCCAGUUACUACAUUCUUUGAAAGAGCUAGAUAUAUCACAUAACGAAUUUUGGUGUACAUGUGCUCAGAAAUGGUUUGUUGAUUAUUGUCGAUCCUCAAACAUUUCUAAAAUACUGAGACACUGGCCAAAAUACUUCGCGUGCAUAUACCCAGAGGAAAAGAAACACAGUCUUCUCGUGGACUAUAAGCCAACAGACGCCGACUGCUCAGCAUGGAGUCCGGUAUUAACAAUAAUAAUUGUAAUUGUUGUAUCACUUUUUCUCGUGACUGUUGUGUUGAUUCUAAUGUUAAACUGUCAAGCCAACAUUCGCAAUUUGAUUUAUCUUUUUCGAGUAAGUAAAUGGAAAAGAAAAGGAUACAUCAGAUUAAAUUCCUCCGAAAGCUUUGUAUACGAUGCUUUUAUUAUAUACUGUGAAUCAGAUCGGCAAUGGGUCCAUUCUGAACUACUCAAACGUCUUGAAGAAAUUGACCUUAAAGUCUGCGUUCAUUAUCGAGAUUUUGAUGUUGGAGAAUCGAUCACAGACAAUAUAACAAAUUAUGUAGGCAAAAGUUGGAAAGUAAUUGUUGUUAUGUCGAAUAACUUUACAAAAAGUGAAUGGUGCCAAUGGGAACUUGAUCUUGUACAAGAAAGAAGGCGACGACAUGGCAAAGAAGCACUUAUUCUUAUAAUGCAGAGUGAAAUAGAUUCAAGUCACAUGACCAAUUCUAUCAGGUCUUUACUUGACACGACACCACAUUUGCAGUAUCAAAAAGGUUUGGGAGAAGAUCUGUUUUGGUCUGUGAUUACAAAAGCUGUCAUGAAACCAUUCAAGGACCCCCCUACAGCUAUUCUGUAGAAUCAACAAUGUUGUGCUGUACUGUAAAAACUCAUCAAUGCUGUCGGGAUUGUAGUUUGGUACUGCGUAAGAGCUUUUCGUCAACAUUUGACGGUCCUGCUUAACUCAUUAAGUUGGAAGAAUAAUCAUAUACGAAAUGUAAGAGCAUUGAAAAC